AUGCUGCCUCUCCUGCUCAUCUGUCUCCUGCCAGUCACUGUGGGAAAGAGCUGUCUCCGCUGCUGGCCAGAGCUGCCUUCCUUGCUGGACUAUGACCUACAGCUUCUCUGGGGCAGCCCUGGGCCUCCCGCAGAGCUCUCCCAAAGCCUCCACUCCUUCUUCAUGGAGGACAACCCCAUGCUCAAAUUCUGGUAUCUUGAUCGGGACCAACUGGAAGAAGAAACAGCCGUAUUCUUCAAACAAAUAGACCAAACCAUUAAGAAGCUACGGGAUGAUAAAGUGUCACUUCUGGAAGAGAUUAAUUCACAAAAGAAUCUCUUUGCCGAGAGAUUAAAUGAGAGAUCUGAUGAACUGAGGGAAAAGGCCUGCAAUGAGUCUUGUGAUAUCCAGUCCACAAUGGAAGUCACGGAGUGUGCCAACUGUGGGAUUUACCACCUGUCCUGCAAUGAUCCUUCCUUCUGCCCAGCUAUGAUGAUGCAGAACUACAAGUGGACUCUGAUCCUUGCAGUCUGUACUGGAUUCAUGCUGGCUAUCGCUCUAACUGGAUGUUUCUUGUUAUGGUGCAAGAAGAAGGAAGAGGAGCCAGUAAAUGAGGAACCAGAUGUGACUCCCGAAAAUGAAAUAAAGAAAGAUCAAGACUCAAGCUACUACUCUCUGAAAACGAACUCAUCUCUGGACAUGGAACCACUCUCUCCUCAAUGA